AUGUCAGUUGAACCGAAAAGUGCUUCUGACAAAUACCAGAAGAUUUCUCAACUGGAACAUAUCUUGAAAAGACCAGAUACUUACAUCGGCUCUGUUGAAAGUCAAGAACAGCAACAAUGGAUAUACGAUGAAGAGACCGAUUGCAUGAUUGAGAAGAACGUCAUUAUUGUCCCGGGGCUGUUCAAGAUCUUUGAUGAAAUUCUAGUCAAUGCGGCGGACAAUAAAGUUCGUGAUCCAUCGAUGAAACGAAUCGAUGUAAACAUCCAUCCUGAAGAGAAUACCAUAGAAGUAAGAAACGAUGGUAAGGGUAUCCCUGUGGAGAUCCAUGACAAGGAAAAAAUUUAUAUUCCUGAGUUGAUUUUUGGUCAUUUGCUAACAUCAUCAAAUUACGACGAUGAUGAGAAAAAAGUUACAGGUGGUAGAAACGGUUAUGGUGCUAAACUUUGUAACAUAUUUUCUACUGAGUUUAUCUUAGAGACUGCGGACUUGAAUGCUGGCAAAAAGUAUACUCAAAAAUGGGAAAACAACAUGAGCGUUUGCCACCCUCCAAAAAUCACAUCCUACAAGAAGGGUCCUUCAUAUACUAAGGUCACAUUCAAGCCAGACUUGACCAGAUUCGGUAUGGAAAGUUUAGACAAUGAUAUUUUAGGUGUGAUGCGUAGAAGAGUUUAUGAUAUCAAUGGUUCUGUUCGCGAUAUCAAUGUUUAUUUGAAUGGUAAAUUUUUGAAGAUUAGAAAUUUCAAAAACUAUGUAGAACUCUACUUGAAAUCGCUCGAAAAAAAAAGACAGUUGGAUAACGGCCAGGACGCUACCACUCAGACCAACAUUCCGACUAUUCUGUAUGAAAAAAUCAGUGACAGGUGGGAGGUUGCUUUCGCUGUUUCUGAUAUUUCUUUCCAACAAAUCUCAUUUGUGAAUUCUAUUGCCACUACUAUGGGUGGUACACAUGUUAAUUAUAUCACUGAUCAAAUUGUCAGGAAAAUCGCUGAGCUUUUAAAGAAGAAGAAAAAAAAUAUCAAACCUUUUCAAAUUAAAAAUCAUAUGUUCAUUUUCAUUAAUUGUUUGGUUGAAAACCCUGCAUUCACUUCACAAACUAAGGAACAACUGACAACAAGGGUUAAGGACUUUGGUUCUCGUUGUGAUGUUCCGAUUGAAUAUAUCAAUAAAAUCAUGAAAACUGAUUUAGCAACUAAAAUAUUUGAAAUUGCCGACGCAAAUGACGACAAUGCCUUGAAAAAAUCUGAUGGUACAAGAAAAAGCAGAAUUACCGAUUAUCCCAAACUAGAAGACGCUAAUAAAGCUGGUACCAAGGAUGGGUACAAAUGUACUCUGAUAUUAACAGAAGGUGAUUCUGCGUUGUCAUUAGCUGUUUUAGGUUUGGCUGUAGUAGGUAGAGACCAUUAUGGUUGUUAUCCACUUCGUGGUAAAAUGCUAAAUGUUAGAGAAGCCAGUGCUGAUCAAAUUUUAAAGAAUGCGGAAAUUCAAGCCAUAAAAAAAAUUAUGGGUUUACAACAUCGUAAAAGAUAUGAAGAUACAAAAUCUUUAAGAUAUGGUCAUCUUAUGAUCAUGACAGAUCAAGAUCAUGAUGGUUCACAUAUUAAAGGUUUAAUUAUCAACUUUUUAGAGAGUUCAUUUCCUGGUCUCCUAGAUAUUGAUGGCUUUUUACUUGAUUUUAUGACCCCAAUUAUCAAGGUUACUAUUACUAAACCGACAAAAAAUACUAUUUCAUUCUAUAAUAUGCCGGAUUAUGAAAAAUGGAGACAAGAAGAAUCUCAUAAGUUUACUUGGAAGCAGAAGUACUAUAAGGGAUUGGGUACGUCUUUGGCGAAGGAAGUGCGUGGGUACUUUUCUGAUUUAGACAGGCACUUGAAGAUAUUUCAUUCUUUACAAGGUGACGAUAAAGAUUUGAUCGAUUUAGCUUUCUCCAAGAAGAAGGCCGAUGACCGUAAAGAGUGGUUAAGGAAAUACGAGCCUGGUACAGUCUUAGAUCCUACUCUGAAGGAGAUUCCAAUCAGUGACUUUAUCAAUAAGGAAUUAAUUCUUUUUUCUUUAGCAGAUAACGUACGUUCCAUUCCGAAUGUUUUAGAUGGAUUCAAACCAGGUCAAAGGAAAGUCCUUUAUGGUUGUUUCAAAAAAAACUUAAAAAAUGAAAUCAAGGUUGCUCUAUUGGCACCAUAUGUGAGUGAAUGUACUGCCUAUCAUCAUGGUGAAGAUUCGUUGUCACAAACCAUUAUUGGAUUAGCUCAAAGUUUCGUUGGUUCUAAUAACAUUUAUUUGUUGCUACCUAAUGGUGCCUUCGGUACAAGAGCUACCGGUGGUAAAGAUGCAGCAGCCGCAAGAUAUAUCUAUACCGAGUUGAAUAAAUUAACCCGUAAGAUUUUCCAUCCUUCUGAUGAUCCAUUAUACAAGUAUGUACAGGAAGACGAAAAAACCGUGGAGCCAGAGUGGUAUUUGCCUAUUCUGCCUAUGGUCCUCGUUAACGGUGCAGAAGGUAUUGGUACCGGUUGGAGUACAAAUAUUCCUCCAUUCAAUCCAUUGGAGAUCGUUAAGAAUUUAAAACAUUUAAUGAAUGGUGAAGAUCUUGAGCAAAUGCAUCCGUGGUUUAGAGGGUGGACCGGUUCUGUAACGGAAAUCGAACCUUUGCGUUACAGGAUGUACGGUAAAAUUGAGCAAGUUGGAACUAACACCUUGGAAAUUACUGAGUUGCCAGCCAAGACGUGGACAUCGACUAUUAAGGAAUACCUGCUAUUAGGUUUAAGUGGUAACGAUAAAGUAAAACCUUGGAUUAAGGAUAUGGAAGAACAACAUGGUGAUACCAUUAAAUUUAUUAUCAGCCUAUCGCCGGAAGAAAUGGCGAAGACAAGAAAAAUUGGUUUCUAUGAAAGGUUUAAAUUAAUUUCUCCGAUUAGUUUAAUGAAUAUGGUCGCGUUUGAUCCUCAUGGCAGAAUCAAGAAAUACAAUUCCGUAAACGAAAUUUUGAGUGACUUUUACUACGUCAGACUAGAGUAUUAUCAAAAGAGGAAGGACCACAUGAGUGAGAGAUUGCAAUGGGAAGUGGAGAAGUAUUCUUUUCAAGUAAAGUUCAUCAAGAUGAUCAUUGAGAAGGAAUUAACAGUCACCAACAAGCCAAAAAAAGUUGUUAUCCAAGAACUUGAGGAUUUAGGGUUUCCAAGAAUCAACAAGGAAGGUAAGCCAUAUUAUGGUAGCCCCGAGACUGAAGUGGCUGAACAGACUGAUGACGAAGGUGAAGGUGAGGAGAGUUCUCUUGAAGACACCGAAAGUAUCGUAAAUGGUCCUGAAGAAUUGUACGGUACAUAUGAAUACUUACUAGGUAUGAGAAUUUGGUCGCUAACUAAGGAGAGAUAUGAAAAGCUGCUGAAACAGAAACAAGAAAAGGAAGUCGAGUUGGAAAACUUAUUAAAGCUUUCUGCCAAGGAUAUAUGGAAUAAUGAUUUAGAAGCCUUUGUAACCGGGUACCAUGAAUUUCUUCAACGAGAUGAAGAAGCUCGAGGUGGUAAUGUUCCAAGCAAAGGAAGCAAAGCGAAAGGUAAAAAAAAGAGACCACUGAUUGAUGAUGGUGAAUACGACCCAUCAAAAAAAGGUAAGAAAUCUACUGGAAGAAGGAGCAAGAAAAUCAAAUUAGAAGACAAAAAUUUCGAAAGAGUAUUAUUGGAGCAAAAAUUAGUGACAAAAGGAAAGGGCCCUACGAGGAUUAAAAAGGAGAAAACUCCUUCUCUGUUAAAGGCUCCAGAAGAUGACCAAAGCGCUCCUUCUUCAACAGGUUCGUCUUCUAUUUUCGACAUAAAAAAAGAAGAAGAUAAAAAUGAAAGUGGAUUGAGCAAGAUGUCUAACAAGUUCAAGAAAAUAAGCACAAUUUUCGAUAAGAUGGGUUCCGCUUCUGCAACAUCCAAUGARAGCACACCAGAGGAAAUUGUUACGGCUACCGCAACAAAGCCAGCCGCUGUCAAAGAGGCUGUCGCAAAACCCAAACCAGCCAGGAAACCAAAAAAGACCGUAGAGUUAUCUGAUGAAAGCGAUUUAGAAAUUCUAGAUUCGUUCAAUUCUGGUGAAGACGAAAAUGAAGACGAGGAUGACGCUGUACCGCAACGCCCAAGAAGACAAAGGUCAGCAAGAGCCGCAUCCGCCCCUAAGAAAUCUUACUCGGAAACUAUAGAAUUGUCUGAUGAUAGCUUCAUCGAAGAUGAUGAAGAACAAGGACAAGAAGAAGACUCGGACGUGUCUUUUAAUGAAGAAGAUUAG